AUGAUUUAUCGCCCACCAAAUCAAAUUGAAAUUAAUUUUAAUUGGUAUGAUUUCACCCAACAACAAAUAUUUGAUCGUUUAUCAACGAGUACUCAUUGGUUGGAAGACAUGUCUAUCAAAUGUGUUUUAUCAUGGAAUGGUAGAACAUCGAAUAUAUGUUGCGAUGAAUCAAGAUAA